AUGGAGAAGAGACUGGCAACGGAGGAGGGGUCGAGAAAGAGUAGCGGAUAUUGGGAAUGGGAGCCGAAAAGGCGGGUGUACGAUUUAAAGGGUUUGCCUAAGAGAGAGGUAAAGGGAUCGGCGAGGAGCGUUAUUCGACCAGGCUGGCGGAUCAAGGAUAUCCUGUUGGCAGCGGAAGUUCUUGGAAAAGUACAACCUCCUCCUAUAUACUCGGACGAGGCUGAAAUGCGCCGAGUGUUCGGACUGGUUUACGACGUUCUUAGGUACAAAAGGAUAUUCACCCGUGCUCUCGAGGAUAUAGGAUUUUGGCGAUACAACGACGCGAUCAAAGAUCGAGAAAAAAUGGUGUGGUUGUUGCUGUACGAUAUGCAAGGGAGAAAAUUUGCGAGACUGCCUCCGGCGGAGAUGGUGGCGAUGGAGGAAAGGGAGAAAAUGUUUCAGGCUGCUGGAUUGAAGGAGAUCGAGAACGCUCUUCUCGAGGUGAAAACGCACGUCGCGGCGAGCAUCUCACGGUUGCGUAUCCGCGGCUCUGCCCUCAAGCUCGACGAAUUGCUGCCGACUCGUUUACGCGUAAUCGAAGGUGUGCGUUGGACGGAAGAAGCUGCGAUCGCGUCCGGAUGGAUAAACACGGAGAAAGUGCGCAGCAAGGAGGAAUUUUUGGAAGAGAUGUCCAAGCUGAAUUUGGUUUGCUGCUGCGAAGAGGGAGAUGCGAGGGAACUGGAGGAAAUGGAAUUUCGAUGGACGUUCGAUUCGAUUUGCCCGAAGAUGGUGAACUUGGAGGAGAGGGCGCGGGAGACAUUGGCCGUUUCCACUCUGGUUCGUGAUCGUCGUUUCGUAUUUCUGCAGGAAAGAUCGUUGUGCUUGGGCGCGGCAACGUUGGCACGAGCGAUUCGCAUCGGCCGGCUCUGCGGCCCGGUCGUUUUAACGCAUUCUCUCGCGCCUCGACACACCGGAUACCUGGCCGGACUGUUGGCCGAUAUCGAGCACGCUGGUACACUUUUCGCCUUCGGAGCUGCCGAUCACCGUUCCGAAUACGAGACUUAUUUGAAACACCUCGACGGCGGUGGCGUCACUUUGCUGCAACGGUGUCGCGUCUUUUCCGAAAAGUACGUAUCUGAUCCGGGGAUCGGUGAGUUGGAGAGGGCUACCGUAGUUUUGGCUGUACCGUCGUGCAGUUACACGGGCGUUACGGAUAUCGUGGACCUCGCGGUGGCACGCGGAGGAGACGCGGAUCUCCUCGAAUCGUUGACGAACGCCGAUCACGAGCAGUGGCCAACUAUCUUGGCCGAUCAGAUGUCCACUUUGAAGUACGCCUUGACCCGGCCGAACGUACAGUUCCUCGUUUACCAAGUGCACACGAUUUUACCUUCGGAGACGACAGAUAUGAUUCGAGGUGUGGUAGAUUGCGUGAAUCGAAUGGCCGUAGAAAAAUACAUUCGGGAACAUCCGGUUCCGGACAGCGAUCUUUUCGAGGUGGGCAGCAUCGAGGAUAUUUACGGAGAGAAUGCUACACGUAUGCUCGAUCCAGGAUGCUUUCUCGCGAUAAUAAAAAGAAAGGAAAUGAUACAAUUCGACUCGGUAUUCAUGAUCAAAGUGGCAGAAUCGAAGGGGUUGUUCGGUGAUCCGAAUGUAGGAGCAAGCAAGGCUCCGAAGCAACGGUGUAUCCUGGAACGUUCGCUGCUACCACGCUCCUCGCAAACUAGCGCACGAAAACAAACAAAACGCGCGAAAGUGCGUAUCGAUCGGUUAACGGCGCACACACAUUCCUCGCUGUCGAGAAGCAUCAAGCAAGAAAAUCGAAUUUGUCCCAGGCAUAAACGGUGGUGUAGUAAUUGGAGAGAGAGUACCGAGUCGCAGGUUCCUUACGAAAUUUCUAAGAGCGAGGUUACAACUGGUAGUUGGUCGAACUUGGCCGUUUCGUUGCCGAAUGCGAGGCGAGAUGAAAAGGAAAGCGGGAAAUCGUCGCGGAAGAAGUUCGAUGCGGCGGCGGGGGCGGCGAUCUUGAAAACGGCGUUGCAACCGGAACAAACUUCGUCGAUACUGACCAACUUACUUACCAUCAAACCCCUGUUACGGUAA